UAACAUAUUACAGAAAACUAAAUAAUAAAAGCCGUUGCCUAACGUAAAUACUAGAAAGCUGUAAAGCAUGGGUUCAGAGGAACAGCGGCCAUUGCUACGAAUAUCGGAAUUAUCAUCGGAUGCGAUCGAAGAGGUUUUUGAAAGUGGCGACCGCGGCGGAGGAGUAGGGUGGUGGGUGAGGCUUGUUGCGUGGGAAUCGAGGAUUUUGUGGUUGUUAUCAGGGGCAUCCAUAGUUGUCUCUGUUUUUAAUUAUAUGCUCACUUUUGUCACCCUAAUGUUCACUGGUCAUCUUAAUGCAUUGGAAUUGGCUGGUGCUUCUAUUGCUAGUGUUGGAAUUCAAGGUCUUGCUUAUGGGAUUAUGUUGGGCAUGGCGAGUGCGGUACAGACCGUGUGUGGCCAAGCAUACGGUGCCAAGAAAUACGCAGCCAUGGGGAUCAUUUGCCAAAGAGCAAUUGUAUUACACAUAGGAGCCUCAGUUAUCCUAACAUUCCUCUAUUGGUAUUCGGACACCGUCCUUCAAGCAAUAGGUCAAUCGGCAAGUAUAGCAGAGCAAGGCCAAGUUUUCGCCCGUGGUUUAAUCCCUCAACUUUACGCAUUCGCCAUAAGUUGCCCCAUGCAAAGGUUCCUUCAAGCUCAAAACAUAGUGAAUCCUUUGGCUUAUAUCUCCGUUGGGGUAUUUUUGCUCCACAUUCUUCUUACUUGGCUUGCCGUUGAUGUAUUGGGAUAUGGUCUUCUUGGGGCAUCUUUGACAUUAAGUCUUUCAUGGUGGAUUCUUACUAUUCUUAAUGGACUUUACAUUGUUUUAAGUCCUUCCUGUAAAGAGACUUGGACUGGUUUGUCUACUAAAGCUCUUAAAGGGAUUUGGCCUUAUUUCAAGAUUACUGCUGCUUCUGCUGUUAUGCUUUGCUUGGAGAUAUGGUAUAACCAAGGACUGGUGCUUAUAUCUGGUCUUCUUCCUAAUGCAGCAAUUGCACUAGACUCCAUUUCUAUUUGCAUGAACUACUGGAACUGGGAUAUCAACUUUGUUUUAGGCUUUAGUGCAGCAGCCAGUGUGCGAGUGAGUAAUGAGCUAGGGGCAGGGCAUCCCAAGCUGACCAAAUUUUCAGUCAUAGUAGUGAAUGCUACCAGCAUUUUCAUUAGCACAGUUUUCACUGCCAUUGUUAUCAUAUGUCGAUCCCUAUUAAUCAAAGCUUUCUCAACCGACGCUGAAGUUAUACAAGCUGGUUCCAGUUUGAUUCCAUUGCUUGCCAUCUCCAUUUUCUUGAAUGGAAUUCAGCCCAUUCUCUCAGGAGUGGCCAUUGGGAGUGGAUGGCAACAUAUAGUAGCAUAUGUCAACCUCACUACAUAUUACAUUAUUGGUCUUCCAAUUGGAUGUGUUCUUGGAUUCAAAAUAGGCUUAGGAGUAGAAGGUAUAUGGUGGGGGAUGGUAGUUGGGGUUCUUCUACAAACAAUAACUCUAAUCAUUCUCACUGCCAGAACAAACUGGGACUUGGAGGUUGAAAAAGCUGCAGAUCGGUUGAGGAAAUCAGCCAAUGAAGAGACAUUACAUUUGAUUACUGAUUAGAGGUAGAUGGCACUUGAGAUGUAAUCAAAUAAACAUAACAUACAUUUACUUCUCUCUUUUCUUAGUUUUAUUUUUUUAAAUAUAAAUCUGUUUGCCAA